AGAGAACGAAGAACCGGAUCGAGCGAACCUCGGGGGAGAACGGAGCGAAAAAGAGCGCCUCGCCGCCAAAACUCGGUCUGAACUUCUGAGGAGACACGUUAUUGCACAUAAUCCUGAUUCUUGAGACUCCUCACAGUCAAGCGCUCGCUUCCUCGCUCCAGGUGCAUGGAUGAGAGGAACCGAGGAGGAACCCCACCACGGACGAUCAAAUACCAGAUCUGCUCUUGAGUGUUUCCCCAACACAGCUCAUGAGUAGAUGGGAGUGAGUGAGUGCGGUCCAUGGUGGUGUUCACUCAGAGAAUGAUGGUGAUUUCCUAAUCUCUCUCGAGUUCAUCACAUCAAUAGACUCUCCAAACAGGAUUGUACAACUAAUGAGUCGCAUACUUCAGAUCUGAGGGUGAAGAGCUUCUCCCGGAAUCGGUGUCACAGAGUGGUGGGGAUCAAUACCCAAUCGAUCUCCCCUUGCUGAAUUACAGGAAGCCUGUUGAAUUGGCGGCCCUUUUUCUCCAGGAACCAAGGCCAGACUUAUGUAUUGUAUGUCUUCUUCUUCCUUCUCCUCACCUUGUUCCCUAAAUUUUUCAAGAAUUGGAGUUGUGCCACUCACGUCGUUUGGCCGACUUCUUGAAGCCUUGAAGAGCACCUAGACAACCAGAGUGAAUAGAGUGGCAUUUCUUUGUCAAACUUGGCUUGAUUCCUGGAAUUAUUGUCACAAUUCCCAAAAGCAGAGAGUCGACUCUUGAGGAUCCGCGAGAAGAAGAACCCUCCCGAGUCUGGGGGUUUCGCCUACAUCAACGGUGUGCAAGCGGGAAACAAGAUCUUGCUUGCUCCACCAGAAAGCUUGAGAAAACGUAAAAGACAAUGGUGAUAACAGAUCGUUUCCUAUUCACGUGAAAACUCCCCGCCGAACAAUUUGACAGCAAUAAUUGCCUCAAUUGUAAGGUUCCAUAAACUGUCCAUCAUCUGUGCUCAGUGUGUUUUCUGCGUCCAUGAUUUUGGAUUAACGUCAAAACGCGAUGAAGAUGAGCGAUUUGACUGGAAUCCCAAAUGCGCCCAACCAGUGUCUCUACAACGAUCCCUCCGUCUAUGUCAAGACUGAAUAUGAUCAAGACUCUCCCAAUCCCAGUUCAUCCAUGUCUUCGGGUGGAGCUGUGGCCAUGUCUCCUUCGGACGUUCCUGCCAACGCAGCUCUAUUACACGGAGGUCUGAGCACUGGGUUGCACGUGGGCGGGAGUGGUGGGCCUUUGAAUGCCCUUUUAUGGGCCAAGAGCCAACACCUUCCUUUGGAAAUCACCCGACAACUCCAAGGAAUAUAUGGUGACCAUUUUCCCGUUGAGGCCCGGCAUGCCUUGGCCGGCUGGAUCGAGACAACGGCCUUCAACGAGGAAUUGGACACAUCCAAUCCCCAAUAUGAGGAACAUGCCAGGAUCAUGGUCCAAACCAUGGUCCAACAACUUCAAAUCAAAGCCGCGGAGUGUCUGGAUUAUCAUCACAAACAGAAAUUGGAACACAUUGUGGAACAUUUCAAGACACGUUACGCUCAUAAUCCCUUGGACCUUUAUCAUAUUGUUCAGCAUUGUUUGCGCCAAGAAAUGGACAUCAUUCAAAAAGCAGAUCUGAUGAACCAAGACUGUUCCUCGCCGCCAGGUGUUAGUCAAAGCACAUCAGAGGCUGCUUACCGGAUCCAACAGCAAUUGGUCGCCCUUAAAAAGAGUACGGAUGAAUGCUCGGCCGAAACGAACAAGACCGCUCACAUCCAGGAGACGCAUUCCUUGAACUAUUAUAAACAUCAUCAAAUGACAGUUCAAUUGGAGAGCGGUCAACACAACGAAGCCAGUCAUGAAUAUUCCAAGUUCCAAGAGUGGAAAGAUCGAUUUGCAGAGGACCUACGACAGAGUUUUAAUACUCUGAAAGUCAAGAUCUCAACCCUGAUGAACAGUCACCUGGAAAUGACGAAACAGCUGAAGGAUCUCCAGUAUCGGAUCCUGGAGCUGGAACUGAGCAAGUGGAAAAGGGACCAACAGUUAUCGGGGAAUGGCGCCCCAUUUGCCAACAACAUCGACCAGAUCCAAAAUUGGUGCGAGGAGUGCGCCGAGAUCAUCUGGCUCAAUCGAAGUCACGUCCGAAGAUUAGAAAUAAUCCAGGAGAGUCUCAACAUGCCCAGCCAUGAGGUCCCCAUGGUCCUGUUGCCUGAGCUCAGCGAGGGAUAUACCCAACUCUUAGAUACAUUAGUUAAAAGCUCUUUCGUGAUAGAAAAGCAGCCUCCACAGGUGUUGAAAACAAAUACUCGGUUUUCCGCCACAGUCCGCUUACUUGUUGGUACCAAAUUAAAGGUCCACAUCAAUCCCCCGACUGUUAGUGUCAGCAUCAUCAGUGAAGCACAGGCCAAUUCUUUACUAAGAAUGGGCCCUAACCCGAAGUCUCGGUCCCAGUUCUCCUCUGGUGAGAUUCUCAACAACAAGCAAACAAUGGAAUACCAUCAAGCCACUGGUCAGUUAUCGGUCAGCUUUCGAAACAUGAGUCUGCGAAAGAUCAAACGUGCCGAGAAGAAAGGCACGGAAUCCGUCAUGGAUGAGAAAUUUUCUCUUCUCUUCUGGUCUGAAUUCACCAUAGGCAACAAUGAGUUCUCUUGCAACUAUCAGGUCCUGGCUCCGUCCUUACCUGUGGUGGUAAUUGUUCAUGGAAACCAGGAGCCGCAUGCGUGGGCUACGAUUUUGUGGGACAACGCCUUUGCUGAAUGGGGUCGGCAGCCCUUCUUGGUGCCGGAUAAGGUUCCUUGGGGUCAACUGGCCAAUACUUUAAACAUGAAGUUCAAGGCCUCCUGUGGUCGAGGCUUAAGCGAAGACAACCUUCGCUUUCUCGCCAGUAAAGCGUUUCGCAGUCAGGGUUACCAUCACGACUUUUCCAAUGCCAUGAUGAGCUGGUCGCAAUUCUGCAAGGAACCCCUGCCAGAUCGGAGCUUCACGUUUUGGGAUUGGUUCCAUGCAGUCAUGAAACUCACCAAAGAGGACUUGAGAGGUCUUUGGAUUGACGGGGCGCUAUUGGGAUUUAUAUCCCGUCAGGAGGCUGAGGAAUACCUCCACAAAAGUGAAAAUGGUACCUUUAUUAUUCGCUUCUCGGAUUCGGAACUCGGUGGAGUGACGGUUGCUUGGAUCACAGUGGACGAUAAAACUGGACAACGCGAAGUAGCCAUGUUGAUGCCGUAUACCCGGAAAGACCUCCUUAUUCGCUCCUUACCUGACCGAAUAUCCGAUAGUGUCCAAAUGCUUUAUCUCUACCCAAAUAUACCCAAAGAUGUGGCCUUUGGCAAGUACUACAACAAUCAGCAUGAGUCCAUGCCCCAAAGAAAUCCUAGGAAUGGUUAUGUUCCUCACCAUCUGGUCAACGUCAUCCAAGGACCAUUCUUCAACAAUCCGAUUACGGAUAGUGUGCCUCCUCCGAGCACACCCAGAACCCCUCUUCCAUCCCACCAACACUCGAUAUCUUCGAAUUUUUGUGAAACCCCACAAUCUCCACUUUCGUCUUCAUCUACAGCAAUGGUCAGCAACAGCACAAACCGCAGUCACCCUGUUCCCGGAGGAAUUCCAGGUAAAUCCAGGAACCCUGUGCUUCAACCGCAACACAGUUCUUCAAGUACAGAUUCUGGCACCGCCAUCAAACUCGAGGAUGGACCCUUCGGACCACGUGGAGACCAUUGCCAGUCUCGACAUUCCAUAAUUCUGGCCAAACAUCACCAACAAAUGCAACAACAACAGCAACAACAACAACACAUUCCUUGCGAUUCACAGGCACACCAUGUGGAGAGUACGACCACAUAGAAUUCCAAUUUGUGCUCAUGUAUUCAUUCUAGCCAGAAUUUUUAUGGAAUUGCAUAAAGUAGACGCUAUGAUGCCCCUGUCCCUUUCUCUUGAUACAAUCGAUGUCCUUAUCAUUACUGACUUCUAUGAAUGUUCCUUUGGGAUGAAUCGAACCCUCCCUGAAAGAAUUGGGAUCUUAAGCUAGCCCUCUUGCCCUCAUUUACUUUUAUGCCAGCAUUUAUAUUCCUUCACUCCGAAAUGAAAUGCCUGAUUACAAUUUUUGUACAUUUUGUUGUCCUUGUAAGAACCUCUUUGUUGUUUGUUUUAAAUAUGAAUUCAAUGAUCCGGUAAUAAAAGGUGUCCAGCAUUCAUCGA